AUGUCGUUCCACGAGGAGACACCAAUCACCGGCUGCUCCCAGUCGACUACCUGUUCGAACAAUUACGAGUGCAAAAGUGUGGGCAGCUCACAGUGGUGCUGCCCCAGUGUGGCGUCUGUUUGCGGUCCUAUUGGGGGACGCCCGCUUGACACAUCUAUUUAUUCACGUGGUUCUGUAUAUCACAAUGGAGUCGAGAAACAGGGCACGACUCCUUCGACACGCUUUUUCUACGACCCGGCCACUGGGAAAUGCUCUCCAUUCACGUACCUCGGAGCAGCAGGAAACUACAACAACUUUCUAUCCAGAAUCGACUGCGAACUGUACUGUGCCAGACUGCAGUGUGAUCGAGGGAAUCCGCUAAGAAUCGGUGACGUCACCCAAUCCUGUCAGUCAAACAGCGACUGUCCUCAUCUCAUGAGUGCAGAGUUGAUCAGUCAGUCUGCUGUCCUCGAAUGCAGACGAUUUGCAACAGCAACCCCACUACGUGUAGGGAACUGUGAUCGAUCAGUAAGAAGGUAUUGGUAUUCAGCGGCCACGAGGGAAUGUCAGUCUUUUGAAUACACAGACCUUCUGCAGACCUUCACGUCAACGUCGAACAUUAUUAGGCUAAGGGUGCAGCAUAAAAUACCGUCGACAGAUUUGCACGAGCUGCUUCCUCGGGCUCAGUUAUGCUUUGAAAAAUUUCAGCAGAACCGCGAUGUCUGCAGGGUCAAGCCUAUAAGGACACUUCGGGAAAGUUUGUCACGUGCUCAACCAACCGGGCUGCUUCAUCCUGCCCGAUCAACUACGAGUGCUACCACGACGGCAAUAUGUAUGGAUGUUGUCCCACAAAAGCGUUCACAUGCUCAUUGGCGUCAAACCAGGAAAACCUGCGGGCCAGGUGUCUCGUUCAAAUUCUACUACAAUGCCCAAACA